AUGAUCGGUUUAAAACGAAUGCCCGCGAGAAGCAUCAGGGACUUCAUUCGCCGCAAAGUCUUUGAAAAAUGUGAGGUAGAAAGAGAAGCUUUACGGUAUAUAAUGCGAAAUCCCGAAUAUCCAUUUGAAGUGAGAACCUUGGCAAAAACAAAACUUGAAAAACUUCCUACUUAUGCCCAUCCAACCGGAAUCCACAACAGGUGUCUUGAAACAGGCCGGGGACGAGGCGUGUUUUCAGCUUUUAAGAUGGCUCGGUAUCCAUUACGAGAGCGUAUUUUAAAGAAUCUUGUCCCAGGAACGAAAAAAGCUUCUUGGUGA